AUGAAUUUCUCAGACAUAGAACAGAUAGAUCUUGCUGAAAGAUGGAGACGAUGGCCAGAACCCAUGGAACUCUAUUUGAGGCUUAAUAUGGCCGAAAGCGCCGAGAAAGAACAAUGUGAUGCUUUUCGAUAUAUAAUCGGGCAAGACGGCCGCGAUAUCUACAAUACGAUGGCGUUUACAGUGCAUGAAGUCGACAAAAUUGAUAUCUUGUUCGCUAAAUUUGAAGAGUAUUGUAAGCCGAGAAAAAACAUUAUCAUGGAAAGAUAUAAAUUCAAUACUCGAGUCCAACGAAAAAACGAGACAGCCGAUCAGUAUGUUACAGAGUUGAAGCUCAUUGCGAAGAAUUGUAAUUUUGGCAGCUUAAAAGACGAGUUAAUUCGAAAUCGCCUUGUGUAUGGGACCAACUCGGAGCGAAUAAAAGAGCGACUAUUACGCGGAGAAGAGGAAUUGACUUUGGUCAAAGCUUUAAAGAUUUGUCGGGCAGAUGAACAGUCUAACAAACAAUUAAAAGCGAUGAAUGGAGAAAACGAAGUCCAUACAAUAAAGAAACAAACUGCAUGGAAAGACAGACAGCAAGAGUAAGAAUUUCGCGAAGCGUGACGACAAGCAACAAGAAUUUAAAUGCAAAAAUUGUGGGAAGUCUCAUGCAUCGAAGCAGUGCCCAGCGUACGGGAAAACAUGUUUCAACUGUGGAAAGAAUGAUCAUUUUUCUAAAGUCUGUCGAGCGAAGAGGAAAGUAGGUCUCGUUGAACAAGAUAAAAGUAAAGAACAUUUGGAGCCUUUGUUCAUCGGAGCGGUAAAUUAUUCAUCAAGCAAGAGCAACAACAACGACGAAGAUGAAUAUUUUAAAACACUUGUGAUGCAAGACAAACAAAUACAAUUCAAGAUCGAUACCGGUUCGCAAGCUAAUAUACUCCCCGUAACAACGUUUAGAAGUUUAAAAGAUGUCCAGCUCGAGACGACAGCAGUCAAACUCACAAGCUACACGGGAGAACAUUUGCCGGUAUUGGGACAAUGUUACUUGAAAUAUAAUGACAAAAUUUUGAAGUUUUUUGUCGUUGACACGAAGCAAGUACCUAUCUUGGGUUUACAGACCUCGAAAGAUCUGAACUUAAUCAAGUUGGUUAUGAACGUAAAGUUAUCAAAGCGAGAAAAUACGACGGCGAAAUCUGUCAAUGAUAUGGCCAGUCAAUUUCCUAAAGUUUUUCAAGGACUUGGUUGUUUGAAGAAACCCUAUCAUAUCCAAGUGGACCCGAAGGUUACUAGUACCAGUUGUGAGCACAUUGAAGAGUCAACCG